UUCGCUUUGCAGAAGUUUGAUCUUAUCCGUGACCCGUAGAAGGAUUUCUGAUUAGAGCAGAAGCAGAUAGAUCUGUUGUGGGCCAGAAAUUAUGGACGUGAAUCAGCCCAAACAAGAACACUUGCUGGCUCUGAAAGUGAUGCGUCUUACCAAGCCAACGUUGUUCACCAACAUUCCUGUCACCUGUGAACUGAGAGAUCUCCCAGGUGAUUUAUUCAACAACCUAAUGAGAGAUGAUCCUUCUACUGUGAAAGGCGCAGAAAUAUUAAUGUUGGGAGAGAUGCUUACAUUACCUCAGAACUUCGGUAAUAUCUUUCUUGGUGAAACAUUCUCCAGCUACAUAAGCGUCCACAAUGACAGUAAUCAAGUGGUUAAGGAUAUACAAGUAAAGGCAGAUCUCCAGACAAGCUCCCAGCGAUUAAAUCUAUCGGCUUCCAGUGCCGUUGUGGGUGAACUUAAACCUGACAGUUGUAUUGAUGAUGUGAUUCAUCAUGAAGUUAAAGAAAUAGGAACGCACAUAUUAGUAUGUGCAGUAAGUUACACCACCCAAACAGGAGAGAAAAUGUAUUUUAGGAAGUUCUUCAAAUUUCAGGUUCUUAAGCCUCUUGAUGUAAAGACCAAAUUUUACAACGCAGAGAGUGACCUCAGUUCUGUGACAGAUGAAGUAUUUUUGGAAGCUCAGAUCCAGAACAUCACCACCACCCCAAUGUUUAUGGAAAAGGUUUCUUUGGAACCAUCUAUCAUGUACAAUGUGUCUGAACUAAACACUGUGUAUAACAAUGGUGAAGGAUCAUCUACAUUUGGAACAAAGACGUAUUUGCAACCUAUGGACACAAGGCAGUACCUUUACUGCUUAAAGCCUAAGCCAGAAUUUGCUGAGAAAGCUGGAGUCAUCAAAGGGGUCACAGUAAUUGGAAAACUAGACAUAGUGUGGAAAACCAACUUAGGGGAAAGAGGAAGACUACAGACAAGCCAGCUACAAAGAAUGGCUCCAGGUUAUGGAGAUGUGAGACUUUCUCUGGAGACCAUCCCUGACACAGUCAAUUUGGAGGAACCAUUUGAUAUCACCUGUAAAAUUACCAACUGCAGCAGUGAAAGAACCAUGGAUCUUAUUUUGGAGAUGUGCAAUACAAAUGCCAUUCACUGGUGUGGAGUUUCAGGAAGGCAGCUAGGAAAGUUGCACCCGAGUUCGUCACUUAAUCUUACGCUCACACUACUUUCCUCAGUGCAGGGCCUACAAAGUGUCUCAGGGUUAAGACUAACAGACACCUUUCUGAAGAGGACAUAUGAAUAUGAUGAUAUUGCACAAGUGUGUGUCGUUGCCUCAAACAUUCAUGCAGACUCUUGAUGCUCCAAAAGUUCUAAAGUACUCUACAUCUUCAGGACCAACUGUGUGUCAUGGACUCAGCAAGCACACUUACCAUUUGUCAUAAACUCCACAAACUGAAAAAAUAUACAGUAUAUGAACAUUUGCAGAUAAUUUAAGCAUGUUUUAUUCUUUAAUACCCUCCAUUUUUUUCUCUGAAACCUUGUAAAUUGUUUUAAAUUAAAUAUUAUACUUUGUUUUAAAAUGUUAUAUGUAUUUUAUCUAAUAAAGUGUAAAUAUUAACUUGUGUAA